AUGAGUAUCCUCUAUCUCUCCCGCUUUGAAGCUCUCGUGAGCCUCUCGCAAAACGAGCAGCUCGAUAUUCCUACACGCUGGCCUCUGUUCCCAAGUGAGCACUUUUCUACUUUCCCGUGGGGCUCUAUACGAAUGCCGACGCAGUCGGCCAGGGCACGGAGAGAGCUGCUCAUGUGGCUCCUCUUCUGGGUGUUCCUGCUGUGGGUGUCGACCUACGCGCACUUGUGCAUCUCAUUCACCUCCUCGGUCGAUGACGGUCGCAAUGUGGCUAAUUUCAGGAUUGAGAAUUAUAGCAUCCUGCUCGCGACCUGCGCCACUAUUAUCCGGCUACUGGUGUCGAGUGUCUCUAACAAUGAAUCAACGAGCAAGGAUUACCCUGGCUCUGGCAAUCGAUCUGGUGGAGCGAGCCAGGGGCUAGAAUUGAACACUGUAGCCCACACACAUAACCAGAACACGCUCGGUCUCACUAUGCCCGUCCAAGACACGCAGAAAGGUCACCAUUCGUCAAGAGCCGAGUGUAUGGGAAUCCCUCAUGGGACGAGUGUGGUUAUUCGGACGGACAUUCAUUUUGACUUUGCUUCACAGAAAGAUCAUCUACGAGACGCCUCGUGGACUAACUAA